GUGAGCAGAGAGGAGGGACAGAGGAAUCACAACAGAGCUACUACAGCUUCUGACAGCUCUGCUUUGUGCCGCUGAAACACGCUGUUUUUCUGUUGUUAUCAACAACUGACAUGUCACGAAAACCCAAAGAGGAAUAUUAUCGUUUCUUUACCGUUACCGACCCACGCACUCACGAGAAGGGAUACACGGAGUACAAAGUGACAGCAAGGUUUGUGUCCAAGCGUCACCCAGAAGAUGUGAAGGAGGUGGUCGUGUGGAGGAGGUUCUCAGAGCUGAAGAAGCUCCACGGAGAGCUGGCCUACACACACAGGAACCUGUUCAGAAGACAGGAGGAGUUCCCACCUUUUCCCCGUGCACAGGUUUUUGGAAGGUUCGAUGAGGCUGUGAUUGAGGAGAGGAGGAAGGCAGCAGAAGCCAUGCUUUUGUUUUCCACCACCAUACCUGCACUCUACAACAGUCCACAACUCAAGGACUUCUUCAGAGGUGGGGAAGUCACAAGACCUCUAGAUCCAACUCCUCUGGCCUCUGCCGGAGCCCUGCCUCCCCCUCUCAUUCCCCUUCCCAAACGGAGGGCCUCAGACUGUGAGCCUGCAGAAGAGGAGGAGGGGAGGGAGGCUCCCACCUUACCUCAGGACCUGGGCACCAACCUGGGCUUAGAAGAGGGUGAACCUGAGGUGGCAGCUGAGGCUUACAGUGAGAUGGGAGGCUCUCCGAGAGAAGAAGAAAGAGAGGAGCUUAGCGAUACAGAGCUGGAUGACAGAGUGCCGUCUCCUGAUCCAUCCCCAGCCAGAAACCACCAAUUGCGAGAGUCCCAGGAAGAGUUUGAUUUACUCUUUGACUCUGUGGUAGAAGAACAAGUCCCAUCCCCUAAGGAAGAGGGUCCACCUCCACUGUCUGAUAAUGACUUGGCUGUCUUUGAUCCCUGCUAUAAACAAGAUAGAUCCGGUUCCUCCAGUGACCACUCAGAAUUGUUCUCACUGCCACCAACCAGUCAAGAUGGCGCGGACAUGGGUUAUCUGAACCAAGCAGCAACUGAGCUAACAGCUGCCAUGGAGAGGGAGAAGGAAGGAGAAUUUAGUUCUGCCAUUCGUGGAUACAGGACGGCGGUGGACAUAUUGAUCACUGGAGUACAGGGAGAUCCAGAUCCAGUACGCAGGGAGUCUGUUAUGAGAAGGACCGCCCAGUAUCUGAAACACGCUGAGAUGUUGGUCGACAGGCACGCCUCACCCACACACACUAACACAUCUACACACACACAUGCACAGGACCCAUAGAUGCACACAGAUGUAUUUAUAUACAUACUGUUCCUACAAAUGGAGACAGAUCAAAGAUGAAGCUCAGGGUUGUAAUUGAUAUCAUUCAUUUGUACACUUACAUGCACACAUUCAGAUACACACGCAUAGAUACACAAAUGUACAGUCAGAUAUCGCAUAUAGACUCACUUACAUAUGGUGAGAAAGCAUGUUCAUUUGGACCACAACAUUCACAAAUACCAGCUAAGUCAGGUGCAAAACUACAGCACACGCAGACACACUCCUGAGGUACACACUACACUGACUACAGACUGUUUCUUUAGCUGCCUUUGUUUAGUGACAAAUUUGUGAUUUACAAAAUCUAAAUAUCUGGAAACUGAAAGUAGCUGUAAACUUAAUGGAUUAAUGGAUAAAUAAUCAUUUAUUUCCCUCUAUCUCCUUCUCAUCUUUCUCUCUCGCUUGUUUGAUUCUUGUCUUUCUUUUACAAUGUUCUCUUGUUGAAUACUGUAAUGUAUCUGAAUAUUAAGUAAUUUGCAUUUUGCACAAAAUGUUUUGUUAAUAAAUAUGAUUUUAAUUUAA